UCCGCAACCCAGCAACCGACCGAGCCAGUCGAUCCUACCGCUCAGCACGGCAUCACUGCCCCGACAGGCCGGCACACGCUUGAAUAUUAUACGUGUAUUCCGUGUUCUGUAUAUUGACUUUAAACGAUCCAGUAUAUACAAUUGUACAGUUUCGUGUGGUUUGUCUAUUGGAGUAUUGACGACAAUCCCACAGUUUAUUUAUGGAUCCUGUCAGUACUUUAGACUGUAUGACCCCUUUGAAAGGAUGUGGUGGGUCAAUGUUAUGGCCGUCAUGGCCGAAUUUGAAUUGCUGCAAGGGAAUUUGCAUGGAGCGGCCGAAGAAAAUCACGACAAAUCUCUGGACAGUUGACGUUCCAGAGGAGACUUGAUCUAGACACCUUACAAAUAUAAGUUCAGUGUGUUAGCACUUGAACUAACUGGCUUCUUGCCUAAUCCAAAAAAAGAUGAUAAUAUUUCUUAAGAAAAGCCAAGUUACUGUGUUGUGUAAUUUAGAAACAUCCUGCAGGUCAGUUUUCAAUCUACAUAUUUGUAUCAUCUCAGGAGGUUAUGGCAUGUAAGGUUUUAAUGAAAUGGGUUGUAACUUCACACACCCUGAUGUUGUUAUCUUUAGGUUAUGUGACAUUAGAUGAGGUUAAGUUAGUGUUCAUCAAGUUAUUGCUUUCUCUCUCCAUAUACAUGAUUGGAAUGGCUCUAUGGCACCCUCAGACUCAAUUGGAUACUGUGGGCUUUUGCCUGGAAGAAAGAUAACUGGAGCAUGGUGCUCACAAUUUGCCUCCAUCUAGUGUAGUUUUCUCAGUGCUUUAUUUUACAGCACACUCAGCAUACAGACUGUGUAGUGUCAAAUGGUAGGAUGAUUGAUUAAUUGAAAAGGGUUAAGAAGGAAGAUGAUGACUAAUCAAGUACUAUCCUGUUAUUUAAAUUAGUGGCUGAGAGAAGCCAUGAAAAUUCUGUUAGGGUGGCCAGUGUCCUAGUUGAGAUUUGAACUCAGCACCUCAUGAAUACAAGCCUAAAACUUUACUGUUACACCACCUACUCAGUGUCUAGUUUAGCACAGAGGUUAGGAAUUCUAAGAACUUACCUUCAUACCCAGUAUAUGCACUCAUAUUGAGUGCAGGAACUACUUUAUGGACACUUUCAAAUGUCUCUGUAAUGCAACCUGUUCUAUUUUUAGUGAGACAUGGCACCACAGGAGAAGACAGAAGUGCAAGCUGUUCCAGAUUCUGUUCAGGCAGGGAUACAACUAGCGCACCCUCCCCCUGGGGAAGAGAUUGUCAUCUCAGGUGUGGCCGGGUACUUUCCUGAGUCAGAGAAUAUGUAUGACCUACGGGACAAUCUCAUGAACAAAGUGGACAUGGUAACAGAUGAUGAUCGGCGUUGGAAGCUGGAUCACCCAGAAAUACCGCAGAGGACAGGUAAGCUGUUGAAUGUGAGCAAGUUUGAUGCAUCAUUCUUCGGUGUCCACUUCAAGCAGGCGCAUACCAUGGAUCCAAUGUGUCGUAUGCUGCUGGAGAGAACCUUUGAGGCUGUUGUUGAUGCAGGUAUCAACCCUCGUCACUUAAAGGGACAGAGAAUUGGGGUUUUCAUCGGUGCAUGUUUCAGCGAGUCAGAGAAGACUUGGUUCUAUGAGAAGCUACAAGUGAAUGGAUUUGGUAUCACAGGUUGCAGUCGAGCCAUGCUUGCAAACCGCAUCUCAUACUGGCUUGGCAUCAAUGGGCCCAGCUAUACAGUUGAUUCGGCCUGUUCCUCCAGUUUGUAUGCUCUGGAGCAUGCUUAUAAAUCCAUCCGUGAUGGGCACUGUCAGGCUGCCAUUGUAGGCGGCUGUAAUCUCUGUCUGCAUCCAUAUGUCUCUCUCCAGUUCUCACGUCUCGGUGUGCUGAGCCCACAAGGCAUGUGCAAGUCAUUUGACAGGGAUGCCAAUGGUUACACGAGGAGCGAGGGCGUCUGUGUCAUUUUUCUGCAGAAGGCUUGUGAUGCAAAGCGUGUGUAUGCAACAGUGGUUCAUGCCAAGAGCAACUGUGAUGGAUACAAAGAACAGGGCAUCACAUACCCAUCAGGACAAAUGCAGAAGGCACUAUUAGAAGAAUUCUAUAAUGAGUGUGCCAUCAGUCCCACAGUACUGGGAUAUAUUGAGGCACAUGGCACUGGUACCAAGGUUGGGGAUCCUGAAGAACUGAAUGCUUUGGACCAAGUCUUCUGUAAAGGAAGAAAGACACCACUACUCAUAGGGUCAGUCAAAUCAAAUCUUGGGCAUUCUGAACCAGCAUCUGGGCUGUGUUCCGUUGCUAAGGUUCUCAUCGCCAUGGAGACUGGUAUCAUUCCUCCCAACCUACACUACAACAACCCCCGAGAGGGAGUGGAAGCACUUACAGAAGGACGAUUGAAGGUGGUAACAGAGAAAUGUCCUUUGAAUAGCAGUCUUGUGGGUAUCAAUUCUUUUGGGUUUGGAGGAGCCAACGCCCACAUUUUGCUACAAUGGAAUCAAAAGACGAAAAUAAAUGGUGGUGCCCCUUCUGACACGAUUCCACGGCUUGUUGUUGCAUCUGGUCGUACACAAGAGGCAGUCAAUGUCAUCCUCAAGGAUUUUGAGAGUCGAUCGGUAGACGCAGAGUAUGUGUCUUUGAUGCAUAAUCUCCAGUCAUCAGAAAUUCCUGGCCAUAUCUACCGUGGUUACACACUUCUCACACAGGAUGGCAGAAAGCUAAGAAGUAUUCAGUAUUACCCAGGAAGCAAGCGGCCAGUCUGGUUUGUCUUCACUGGAAUGGGGUCCCAGUGGCCAGGCAUGGGAAGAGCUCUUCUCAACAUCCCAAUUUUUGCAGCAGCCAUUGAAAAAUGCCAGAAAGCGUUGAAACCUCAUGGCGUGGAUCUAUUCAACAUCAUCACAACUGAAGACCCCAGUAUCUUUGAUAACAUUCUUAAUUGCUUUGUGGGCAUAGCAGCCUGUCAGGUGGGUUUGGUGGAUAUACUGAAGGCAGUUGGAAUUGAGGCAGAUGGAAUUGUGGGACACUCAGUGGGGGAGUUGGGCUGUAGCUACAUGGAUGGCUGUUUUACGGCUGAGCAGAUGGUUCUGGCAGCAUAUUAUCGCGGCCGUGCAUCCCUUGAGACGAAGCUUAUCCAUGGCUUGAUGGCUGCAGUUGCUCUAGGGGCUCAAGAGGCUAAGCAGUUGUGUCCUCCAGACAUUGAAGUUGCAUGCCACAAUGGACCAAACUUCUGUACGCUGUCAGGACCAACAGACUCUAUGAAGAAUUUUGUGAAGAUGCUGCAGCAGCAGCAUGGGGUGUUUGCCAAGGAGGUGAACUGUGCAAACAUCGCAUACCACAGCAAAUACAUAGCAUCGGCAGGACCAGCCCUGCUCAAAUACCUCAGGGAGCUAAUCCCCAAUCCAAAGCCCAGGUCUGCCCGCUGGGUGAGCUCUUCAGUGCCACAGAGUUUGUGGAACACACCACUGGCAACGCACUCUUCGGCUGAGUAUCACACCAAUAACCUGCUAAGUACAGUUCUCUUUGAGGAAGCUUCAAAACAUAUCCCAGCCAACGCCAUCACCAUAGAGAUUGCUCCACAUGGACUCCUGCAGGCCAUCCUCCACCGGUCCCUCAACAAGGCCACCACAAACAUUGCCCUCACACAGAGAGGCCACUCUGACUGCAGUGAACUGCUCCUCACUGCUCUGGGCAGGCUAUAUGAGCUGGGUUUACAGCCACAGCUGGCAAACUUGUAUCCAACAGUACAAUACCCUGUGAGUAGAGGAACACCAAUGAUCUCCCCACUGAUCCGGUGGGAGCACUCUGAAGACUGGUAUGUCACAUCAUACAGGAUGCAGGAGAAAAUGAAGUCUGGUGAACGAUCUGUUGUGAUCACUUUAGAUGAUGAGGAGAUGGAGUACUUGUCUGGGCAUGUAAUUGAUGGCAGAAAUCUCUUCCCUGCAAUGGGCUACCUUGCCCUUGUCUGGGAGUCAGUUGGGCUGAUGGCUGGACAGCUGUACACCGAAGUAUCUGUUGUAUUUAAGAACGUGCAAUUUCACAGAGCUACCAACAUACCUAAGGAAGGAAGCAUUGAGUUUAUUGUUAUGGUACAGAAAGGAAGCGGCAAGUUUGAAGUGGUGGAGGGCAGCACAGCUAUUGUUAGUGGUUCAGUUCACCUGCCAGAGAACAUCUCUCGGGAAAUUGCACCUAUGGAGCCUCCUAAGCCAGUGCAUUGUGAUGAGCUGCUUGAACUUACAUCACAAGACAUCUACAAGGAACUGCGGCUGCAUGGCUAUAACUACCAGGGAUAUUUCCAUAGCCUUCUCUCUGCAGAUAACCUUUGCCGAACAGGAAAAAUUCAUUGGCGCAACAACUGGGUGGCAUUUAUGGACAAUAUGCUUCAGCUAGAUUUGCUUUCACAAGACACACGAAGUUUGUUUGUUCCAACCUCGCUUGAGAAGCUCACGAUAAACACUAAGCAACACGUUGCCAUUGUCCAGGCUCUGGCUGCUGAGAGCGAGGAAGUUGUGAUCCCAGUGCAUGUAUACAAGGAAGUGGGCAUCAUCCAGUCUGGAGGUAUAGAAGUGCGAGGACUUAAAGCAAGUGCCAUAGCCCGGCGCAGGCCUCUGGGAGUCCCUGUGCUUGAAAAAUAUAUGUUUGUGCCCAAUGUGGAACCGCCAAGCCUGGACUUGCACACCGCAUUACGAAUGUGCAUACAUAUUAUUCUGGAGAAUCAAAUAAGCAACCACGUGAAGGCAGUAGAACUGCCUCAUCAUGAUAGGAUGCCUCUCUCACCCACAUUGGCUCUCAUUCUUGGAGACCUUCCACUUAUUCAGGCAGACAUAACAAUUCUCACAAACCAAGACAACCCACUGGUAGCAGACUUGGAUAUGACUGGAAUCAAGGUUGAAGACAGGAAGCUUCUUGGAGAACAGAAUUGCAUGCUUGUCAUUGCCUGCAAUGUCUUGCACCACACUAAGCUACAGCAGACUGCAGUUAGUGCCCUGGCUGAUGGGGCCUGCAUCUUAACCCGUGAGAACCCUGACACAAAGUAUAUGGGUAACAGUCGCUUUGGAUUUGAGGUUGUAUUCGAGAAGACUCUGGGAGAUGAAAAAUUUGUCUUGCUAAAAAAGGGAGUGGUAGUGAGUAAUCCAGUUGUCAUCCACGUAAGCGCCCAAAACUAUGACUGGUUGCCACAAAUACAGGCCGUUAUUGAUAGCAGUUCUAAACGUCGCAUCAUAUUGGUUGCUCAGAAUGAACCACUAAAUGGCAUCCUCGGUCUUGUUAAUUGCAUCCGCAAGGAGCCAGGAGGCGAGCCCGUAAGGUGCUUUUUCAUUCUGGAUGAAUCAGCUCCACCAUUUGAUUUAGAUGUGCCCCUAUAUUACCAGCAGCUAAACAAAGAUCUGGUGAUAAAUGUGUACAGCAAUGGACAGUGGGGAUCAUACCGGCACCUCCCACUUGACAGCUUCAGCACUGUGAGUGUACCACAUGCCUUUGUGAAUGUCACUACUCGAGGAGAUCUAUCCAGCUUGAAAUGGAUAGAGGGAAGUUUACGGCCAGACAGUGACCCAUCAAGGCUCGUGCACGUUUAUUACUCUGCCCUCAACUUCCGAGAUGUGAUGACAGCAACCGGCAAACUGGGAUAUGAAGUCUUUACCAAGAGUCGACUGAACCAGCAUUGUCUUCAGGGCCUUGAAUUCUCUGGGCGUAACACGAAGGGGCAACGUGUCUUUGGCAUGGGUAAUUAUGGGUCUAUGAGCACAAUGGUGAUGGCGGACAAUGAUCUUCUCUGGACUGUACCCGAACACUGGACACUAGAGGAUGCAGCCACUGUACCAGUUGUGUAUGGAACGGUUUACUAUGGUUUGGUAUUGAAUGGGCAUAUGAAGAAAGGGGAGUCAGUGCUGAUACAUGCAGGCAGUGGGGGAGUAGGUCAGGCAGCAAUCAACAUCUGUCUGCAUGCAGGUUGCACAGUGUUCACCACUGUUGGAACGGAAGAAAAACGGGAAUUCAUCAAGAAACAGUUCCCACAGCUGACAGACCACAAUAUUGGAAACUCCCGAGACACCUCUUUUGAGCAGCUUAUUAUGCUAGAGACAAAUGGAAGAGGGGUUGAUCUUGUUCUUAACUCCCUGUCUGAUGAAAAGCUGCAGGCUUCUCUACGCUGCCUUGCCAUUGGAGGACGAUUUCUAGAGAUUGGAAAAGCUGAUCUUGUCAACAACAAACAACUUGGUAUGGAGAUAUUCCUGAAGGAGACAAGUUUCCACGGUGUCAUGCUGGACUUUUUGUUCUCUGCAUCUUCUGAAAAGAAGAAAGUUCUGUGCGAUCUCAUUGUUGAAGGCAUUAAGUCAGGGGCUGUGAAACCACUGGUCAGGAAUGUGUUCGCUGAAGAUGAAGUAGAACAGGCAUUCAGAUACAUGGCAGCAGGGAAGCAUAUAGGCAAGGUGUUACUGAAAAUUCGACAAGAAGAGGACAAGAAGCUGGUUGUGCCUUCACCACGGUUUAUUCAGGCAUCCCCACAAUACUACUGCAGCCCAGCAUACACUUAUAUCAUUGCUGGUGGAUUGGGUGGCUUUGGUUUGGAGCUGGCUGACUGGCUUGUGUUGCGAGGAGCUCGCAAACUGGUGCUGACAUCUCGCUAUGGUCUGAAGACUGGGUACCAAAGUUUACGUGUGAGAAUAUGGCGCAGCUAUGGUGUGACAGUAGUUAUCUCUGUGGCUGACAUCACUACUAGAAAUGGUGUUGUAGUUCUGCUGUCAGAUGCAAACAAACUGGGUCCUGUAGAUGCUAUAUUCAACCUGGCUGUGGUACUACGAGACGCUCUUCUGGCAAACCAAAGUGAGGCUGAUUUUGCUGCUUCUGCAGGGCCAAAGGCACAUGCAACUUGGUACUUGGAUGAGCUGUCUCGCCAGAUGUGCCCACAGCUGCGUCACUUUGUAGUGUUCUCCAGUGUAUCAUGUGGGCGUGGCAAUGCAGGACAAACGAACUAUGGCAUGAGCAAUUCUAUCAUGGAGCGUAUCUGUGAGGCCAGAGUCAGAGAUGGGUUGCCAGGUCUUGCUAUUCAGUGGGGAGCCGUUGGAGAUGUGGGGCUCGUGGCAGAUAUGCAAGAGGAUGACGUAGAAGUAGUGAUAGGAGGCACACUUCAACAGAAGAUAUCAUCUUGUCUUGAGGAGCUGAACUUUUUCAUGAAGCAGCCAUAUCCUGUUGUGGCAAGCAUGGUUGUGGCAGAGAAACACAGAGGAAGUGGUGAUUCUGAUAACAUUGUUGACUGUGUGAGCAAUAUUAUAGGUAUUCGUGAUCUGAAGACUGUGAGUCAGCAUUCCACGUUGGCAGAACUGGGAAUGGAUUCCAUGAUGGCUGUUGAGAUCAAACAGUCCCUUGAACGAGAGUUUGAGGUGUUCCUCACAGCACAGGAGAUUCGCAGCCUGACAUUUGCACGCCUGGAGGAACUGUCUGCUGCAAGGCAAGGGAAUGAGACCACCUCAGAAGAACAGACAACAGAAGCCACAGCUCGUGUUAGUGGAGUGCCACUCGAAGGACUGGAAUUACUUGUCCGAGUAAUAGGGGAUGAGGUGACAGCAGCACAGCCCGUUCUACGCCUCCCAUCAGCAACUGGGGCGGGAGAAGAUGUAGAAGAUACAACAAAGGCUGGACCAAUACUCUUCAUGAUUCCUGGUGUGGAAGGCAUGGGAAGCAUACUGGAACCUCUUGCCAAGAACCUCAAGUACCAAGUGCUGUGCCUACAGCUGGGCUACAGCAAUGUGGCAGACACUGCCCAGGACAUGGCACAAGCUCUGCUCCCGCACAUACAGAGCAGACUAGCUCCACAUGCCUCAUUCAGCCUGCUGGGGUACUCAUUUGGUGGCAUGGUAGCAAUGGAACUUGCAAUGGCGCUAGAAGCAGAGGGUCGGGAAGGACACCUCUAUCUAGUGGACAGCUCACCCGACUUCCUGCAGUCUGUCCAGGAGCGCUCCAUCGGCAACAAUGAGGAUCAGUUUGAGAUAAAUCUCAUGUGUUUAAUGUUCAACCUUUUGGCACCACAUGAGGCCACACCAGCUGCUGUCAGUCAGCUGGUUGAGAAGAUCAAACCUCUGAAGAGCUGGGAUGAGAGGCUGGAACACUUCAUCAGGAUGCUUCCAAAGACAGACCACAGUGUGCAACACCUUAAGGCUGUUGGUACUGCUAGCUACAUACGUCUAAAGGCCAUGUCAAACUACAAGUGGGGCCACAAGACAACUAUCAAGUCACCUACUACCUUACUGAGAUCAACUCUAAUGGCUCUUAAAACAGAGGAAGAUUAUGGGCUAUCAAAGUACUGUGACAAGAAUGUAGAAGUGCACUUUGUGGUAGGGAACCAUGUCACACUGCUGGAUAACAAACACUCUGCCACCAUUAUCAAUCGACAGGCAGUGGAUAAUGAAGCCACUACAUUCAAGAACACCAUUAUGGCUGAAGACAGCAAGUGAAGCAAGGAACACGGAAUAAAAUAAUUUGUAUCCACAAUAUUCUGUCUUGUCAAAACUUCUCAACUAGUUUAUUUAAUGUCUAAAGUAUUUACUGUGUGACUACUACUGAUGAGGCAUCUCGCCAAAAAGUGUUGACAUUGAAUUAUCCAUGACUUCAGCAGUCCUGGCAGAGAUUUUACAGUCAUUCCUGGAAAAUACCUUGAAAUGAGCCAUGUAUGCGUCCUUCCCAAUUCCAAUUCAUGACUGAGGACUGUACCCAAUAACCUCAUGGAGAACUUUUAGACUGAAUAGAACACCACCAGAAAUGUUUGAGAGAGGUCAGUGUUGCCUCUAUUGACCCUCCAAUCCUGACAUAUAUGACUGCUAUGUCAUCUGCUUGUUGGCAGAACAGAUAAAAAUGUAUUCCUGUAUUAGGGAAAAAAUAUUAACGUUUCUUAUCUGAAGACUACAGAGCAAUUUCAGUUACUGAUUUAUCCCGCUGGUUGGAAAUUCUAAAAGACAGAAGAUCUUUCUCACUUUCGCAUGCAUAAGGUCUUUGUAGACUGGCACUGGACUGAAAGGAUUAACAUAUUUCCUGGGGUUUAAACUCCAUUCUUUGUAGUGAAAAAUGCUGCCUAAAAUUUGGUUACAUCUAAUACUCCGAUGUGCUACUAGUCUUAUUGUACUGUUGAAAGGAGUAGGUAUCUUACAGACCUCUCUUCUAUUACUGAUGCUCAGCCACUUGGAAGUUUCUGUAGGACAAUCUGUGUUUAGAAGGAUUCAUUUAUUCAUUGUUCUUUUCUGUGAAAUAUCUGAUAAAUAGCUUUUGCCAUGCCAUAUCUCCCGUUAUCUGUAUCAUCAUCAUCAUGUCAAUAUUUCUGUCAGGUUGUGUUGUAACAAAGCCACAUAUGUACACAUUUGUCGAAGUAGACACAUAUAUGGAUCAUGCUGACCUCACCCAAUGUAUUUUCAUACCUUAUAACCUCUAUUAUGCAGGAUCAGGGAUUUAAGUCCCAUAGUACUACAGUGGUGGUGGUGGCCAGAUUAUAACUUUGAGGUUAAUCAUAGCAGUGCAAUGUGUAGGCUAUAAAUGUUAAAAAGAUUGUUUUUUCCUCUCCCUUAUGGGUGUAAUAGUUUCACUGUAUGCAAGUGUGCUGUGGAUUACAGAUGGAACUGUUCCACCAAAUGUAUACCAUGCUACAACACUAAUUAAUUGUAAGACGAGUAUAAUGGUGAAUGAAGUUCACAUACUACUCUACUGUCUCAAAGACCCUGUGAUGCAUGCUCUUGAAUAGCCAUGACCUGUUAAGGCUAUUUUGUAUCUUGAGUAACUGGUCAGCAUCUUGGCACCUGUUUUCAAAAAUGAAGAAUGUAAACAGAGAUUGUCCUUCUGUGUGCAAUGGUUAUGAAGAGUUGUCUCCUGGGACAUAAACCAUGCAGUCUGUUGAAAAUCAGCCUCUCAGAUGAUAGAACUUUUCAAAUCACUAGUGGCUUAAUUUAACUUAUAAAUAAACACGUUCUAGUAAAAUACACAAAAAAGUAACCAAAUUAUAUUGUGAUACCAAUUUAAUGUGCUCCAAGAAAAAAUGUAUACAAUUUUUAAUAAAUUAAAUUAUUAUUAUUA